CGGGCCCGGGCGGCGCGGGUAGAGGGUGUGGGCGCCGGCAGAGCUCCGCAGGCCGCAUCUAGCUUGUUGCUGCUGCUGCCGUCGCCGCCGCCGCCGCCGCCCCCCCUGCCCAAGGCCCUAGGCGUUCCCCGGAGGGGCCAAGUGGUUCCUGGCUGCCUCGGCACUCUCCAGGUGUGUUAAGAUGAAACACUGCAGAAGGGCCUUCUGAAGAUAAGGAGAAGGAAAAAUAGAACGUUGCAGACUGUGGGAAAAAAACCUUGGGUCUUUAGAAGCUAACAGAAGCUGUCCUGGAAAAACAUUAGUAAUGGAUCAAAGGAAGAAUGACAGUAUUGUCCCCAGUAUCACUCAAUUAGAAGAUUUUCUUACAGAACACAAUUCCAAUGUUGUUUGGCUCCUUGUUGCUACCAUUUUGUCCUGUGGAUGGAUUAUUUAUCUCACAUAUUAUAAUUCUCGGAAUGUUGGUCUUAUUUUAACACUGGUUCUUAACAGAUUAUACAAGCAUGGCUAUAUCCAUAUUGGUUCCUUCUCUUUCUCUGUUCUUUCUGGAAAAGUCAUGGUUCGUGAAAUCUAUUACAUUACAGAAGACAUGUCUAUCAGAAUUCAAGAUGGAUUUAUCAUUUUUCGGUGGUGGAAAAUGUAUAACCCAAAGCAGAAGCAACAUGAUCCAAAGGCGGAAACCAGGUUAUACAUCACAGUCAAUGACUUUGAGUUUCAUGUAUAUAAUCGUUCGGAUCUUUAUGGACGCCUUCAAGAAUUGUUUGGUUUGGAGCCAACAAUAAUUCCACCCAAGAAAGAGGAUGAUAAAACACGGGAAAAUGGAAGAACAAGAACCCAGUCCAAAAUUGAAAGAGUUAAAGUAAAAACAGAAUCUCAAGACCCCACAUCUUCAUGGAGAUCACUUAUUCCAGUCAUAAAGGUCAAUGUGAGCACAGGACGUUUGGCUUUUGGGAAUCAUUACCAACCUCAAACUCUGUGCAUCAACUUUGAUGAUGCUUUCUUAACUUACACUACCAAACCACCUUCAAGUCAUCUUGACCAAUUUAUGCAUAUUGUGAAAGGAAAACUUGAAAAUGUUCGAGUCAUGCUUGUUCCUAGUCCAAGAUAUGUUGGUCUUCAAAAUGAUGAACCACCAAGAUUAAUGGGAGAAGGUUUUGUGGUGAUGCAGUCAAAUGAUGUUGACAUCUACUACUACAUGGAUGAGCCAGGACUUGUUCCAGAAGAAACAGAAGAAAAUAUUGAAGGAGAAAUGAGCAGUGAGGAUUGCAAAUUACAAGACUUGCCUCCAUGUUGGGGACUGGAUAUAGUUUGUGGUAAAGGAACAGAUUUUAAUUAUGGACCGUGGGCCGAUAGGCAGAGAGAUUGUUUAUGGAAGUUUUUCUUUCCACCUGAUUAUCAAGUUCUGAAAGUUUCUGAAAUUGCACAGCCUGGGAGACCAAGACAGAUCCUUGCCUUUGAACUACGAAUGAAUAUUAUUGCAGAUGCUACAAUUGACUUGCUGUUUACCAAAAAUAGGGAAACAAAUGCUGUACAUGUAAAUGUAGGAGCUGGCUCAUAUUUAGAAAUUAAUAUUCCAAUGACAGUUGAAGAAAAUGGUUACACCCCUGCAAUUAAAGGACAGCUCUUACAUGUUGAUGCCACUACCAGCAUGCAAUAUCGGACCCUUUUAGAAGCAGAAAUGUUAGCAUUCCACAUCAAUGCCAGCUACCCCCGAAUAUGGAACAUGCCACAGACAUGGCAGUGUGAAUUAGAGGUUUAUAAAGCCACCUACCAUUUCAUCUUUGCACAGAAGAACUUCUUUACAGAUUUAAUUCAAGACUGGUCUAGUGAUAGUGCUCCAGACAUUUUUUCAUUCGUUCCAUAUACAUGGAAUUUUAAAAUCAUGUUUCAUCAAUUUGAAAUGAUAUGGGCUGCUAAUCAACAUAAUUGGAUUGACUGUUCCACUAAACAACAGGAAAAUGUAUAUCUGGCUGCCUGUGGGGAAACAUUAAACAUUGAUUUUUCUUUGCCCUUUACGGACUUUGUUCCAGCUACAUGUAAUACCAGGUUCUCUUUAAGAGGAGAAGAUGUUGAUCUUCAUUUGUUUCUACCAGAUUGCCACCCUAGUAAGUAUUCCUUAUUUAUGCUGGUAAAGAAUUGCCACCCAAAUAAGAUGAUUCACGAUGCUGGUAUUCCUGCUGAGUGUCAAAGUGGCCAGAAAACAGUUAAACCAAAAUGGCGCAACAUUACCCAGGAAAAGGCUGGUUGGGUUGAAUGCUGGACUGUCCCGAGUGUCAUGCUUACAAUUGAUUAUACAUGGCAUCCAAUUUAUCCACAAAAAGCAGAUGAACAGCUGAAACAAUCAUUGUCAGAAAUGGAAGAAACAAUGCUAUCUGUAUUAAGGCCAUCCCAGAAAACAUCAGACAGAGUUGUUUCUUCUCCCUCCACUUCUUCACGCCCACCUAUUGAUCCUUCAGAACUUCCACCAGAUAAACUUCAUGUAGAAAUGGAACUUUCCCCAGAUUCUCAGAUAACUCUCUAUGGACCUCUAUUGAAUGCCUUUUUGUGUAUAAAGGAAAACUACUUUGGAGAAGAUGACAUGUAUAUGGAUUUUGAAGAGGUUAUUUCAAGUCCUGUUCUGUCAUUGUCAACAUCAUCCAGCUCUGGGUGGACUGCUGUUGGAAUGGAAAAUGACAAAAAGGAAAAUGAAAGUUCAGCCAAGUCAAUUCAUCCACUUACCUUGCGUCCUUGGGAUAUUACUGUACUUGUUAAUUUGUACAAAGUUCAUGGGCGUCUUCCUGUUCAUGGAACUACUGAUGGUCCUGAAUGCCCUACAGCAUUCUUGGAAAGACUAUGUUUUGAAAUGAAAAAAGGAUUUAGGGAGACCAUGCUCCAACUUAUCCUGUCACCGCUGAAUGUGUUUGUCAGUGAUAACUAUCAGCAGCGACCCCCUGUGGAUGAAGUUCUCAGGGAAGGUCACAUCAAUUUGUCAGGUCUCCAGCUGAGAGCACAUGCUAUGUUCUCAGCAGAAGGUCUUCCUUUAGGAAGCGAUUCCCUAGAAUAUGCAUGGCUAAUUGAUGUGCAGGCUGGAAGCCUCACAGCUAAGGUCACAACACCACAGCUGGCAUGCCUCUUGGAGUGGGGACAGACAUUUGUUUUUCAUGUGGUAUGUCGGGAGUAUGAACUGGAAAGACCAAAAUCAGUAAUAAUUUGUCAGCAUGGAAUUGAUCGUCGGUUCUGUGAAUCCAAGUUGAGUUGCAUUCCUGGGCCUUGUCCAACUUCAGAUGAUCUGAAAUAUACAAUGACUCGUUUAGCAGUAGAUGGAGCUGAUAUUUAUAUUGUGGAGCAUGGUUGUGCUACAAAUAUAAAGAUGGGCGCAGUUCGGGUUGCAAACUGUAAUCUCCAUAAUCAAUCUGUUGGGGAAGGAAUAAGUGCUGCAAUUCAGGAUUUUCAAGUGAGACAGUACAUUGAGCAAUUAAAUAAUUGCAGAGUUGGACUUCAGCCGGCAGUGCUGCGAAGGGCCUAUUGGCUUGAAGCUGGGUCAGCCAAUUUAGGACUCAUUACCGUUGAUAUUGCAUUAGCUGCUGAUCAUCAUUCUAAACAUGAGGCACAAAGACAUUUCUUAGAAACUCAUGAUGCCAGAACUAAGAGAUUGUGGUUUUUGUGGCCAGAUGAUACCCUGAAGAAUAAGAGGUGUAGAAACAAGUGUGGUUGUCUUGGUGGUUGCAAAUUCUUUGGUGGCACAGUAACUGGCCUAGAUUUCUUCAAACUUGAGGAGUUGACGCCUUCCAGUAGCUCUGCAUUUUCCAGCACGAGUGCAGAGUCUGAUAUGUAUUAUGGACAGUCUCUGCUACAGCCUGGUGAAUGGAUUAUUACUAAAGAAAUUCCCAAAAUUAUAGAUGGUAAUGUGAAUGGCAUGAAGAGGAAAGAAUGGGAAAACAAACCAGUGGGAAUAGAAGUAGAGAGAAAAACUCAACACCUUAGUCUUCAAGUACCAUUACGAUCUCAUAGCUCAUCGUCUUCUUCAGAAGAGAAUAGUAGUUCUAGUGCUGCACAACCUUUAUUGGCUGGUGAAAAGGAAAGUCCCUCUUCUGUUGCUGAUGACCAUUUGGUUCAAAAAGAAUUCUUGCAUGGUACAAAAAGAGAUGAUUGUCAAGUAAGUGUUCCUACAGAAAUUUCAGGAAACAGCCCUGUGUCUCCUAAUACUCAGGACAAAUCAGUAGGUCAGUCUCCUCUUAGAUCUCCUUUGAAACGACAAGCCUCUGUCUGUUCCACCCGACUUGGAAGUACUAAGAGUCUUACUGCUGCUUUCUAUGGGGACAAGCAGCCUGUUACAGUUGGAGUCCAGUUUAGUAGUGAUGUGUCUCGAAGUGAUGAGAAUGUACUGGAUUCACCGAAGCAGAGGAGAAGUUUUGGUUCAUUCCCAUAUACACCAUCAGCAGACUCUAAUUCAUUUCAUCAAUAUCGAUCAAUGGAUUCCAGCAUGUCAAUGGCUGAUAGUGAAGCCUACUUUUCUGCAGCUGAGGAAUUUGAGCCCAUUAGCAGUGAUGAAGGCCCUGGAACUUAUCCGGGUAGAAAAAAGAAGAAAAAGCAAACCCAGCAGAUUGACUACAGUAGGGGUUCCAUAUAUCACAGUGUAGAAGGACCACUUAUUGGCCACGGAGAAAGCAUUCAGGAUUCCCGAACUCUGCCAUUCAAAACUCAUCCUUCCCAGGCUUCAUUUGUUUCUGCAUUAGGUGGAGAAGAUGAUGUUAUAGAACAUUUAUAUAUUGUAGAAGGUGAGAAAACAGUAGAGAGUGAACAGAUUACUUCUCAGCAACCUGUGAUGAAUUGUUAUCAGACUUACCUUACUCAGUUCCAGGUAAUUAAUUGGUCAGUUAAGCAUCCAACCAACAAAAGAACCUCUAAGUCCUCAUUGCAUCGUCCCCUUGAUCUGGAUACACCAACCAGUGAAGAAAGUUCAUCAUCAUUUGAACAGCUUUCUGUUCCAACUUUUAAGGUUAUCAAACAGGGACUUACAGCUAAUUCUUUGCUAGACAGAGGCAUGCAACUUUCAGGAUCAACUUCAAAUACACCGUAUACUCCACUGGAUAAGAAAGUCGUUGAUAACACAGAUGAUGAAACAUUAACAGAAGAGUGGACCCUGGAUCAACCAGUCUCCCAGACCAGGACAACAGCCAUAGUUGAAGUAAAAGGAACCGUUGAUAUUGUUCUGACUCCCCUGGUUGCUGAAGCUUUGGACAGAUACAUUGAAGCAAUGGUUCAUUGUGCUAGUACCCGACAUCCAGCUGCAAUUGUAGAUGGUCUUCAUGCAAAAGUCCUUAGGGAAGCUGUCCAAAAUAGCAAGACCACCUUUUCGGAAAAUUUAUCUUCCAAACAAGAUGUUCGAGGAACAAAAACUGAGCACCCUAUAAUAGGAACAACUAACCAAGGACAAGCACAGACAAAUCUUAUAAUGAAGCAAGAUAAUGUAACAAUUAAAGGUCUUCAGACUAAUGUUAGCAUACCAAAGGUAAACUUAUGUUUGUUACAAGCCUCAGUGGAAGAAUCUCCAACUACAGCUCCUAGUAGGAGUGUGACUCAUGUUUCCCUAGUGGCAUUGUGUUUUGACAGAAUUGCUACACAAGUUCGUAUGAACAGAGGUGUGGUUGAAGAGACUUCAAACAAUGCAGAACCUGGUAGAACAUCAAAUUUUGAUAGGUAUGUUCAUACCACUAAGAUGCAACCUCAGUCAUCUGGAUCUCUCAGAUCAAAUGCUGGAGCAGAAAAAGGCAAAGAAAUUGCAGCCAAGUUAAACAUUCAUCGAGUUCAUGGACAACUUAGGGGUCUUGACACAACAGACAUUGGGACCUGUGCCAUCACUGCUAUUCCUUUUGAGAAGUCCAAAGUUUUAUUUACUCUAGAGGAGUUGGAUGAAUUUACUUUUGUGGAUGAAACUGAUCAGCAAGCUGUUCCAGAUGUAACUCGAAUAGGUCCUAGCCAAGAAAAAUGGGGUUGGAUAAUGUUUGAAUGUGGACUUGAAAAUUUAACCAUAAAAGGAGGAAGACAGUCUGGUGCUGUUUUAUAUAAUAGUUUUGGAAUUAUGGGUAAAGCUAAUGUCACAGAAAGGGGUGGAGUGCUGACAUCCAAUAAUUCUUCUGAUUCUCCAACUGGCAGUGGCUAUAAUACUGAUGUCUCUGAUGACAAUCUUCCAUGUGACCGGACAAGCCCUUCUUCAGACUUAAAUGGAAAUUCAGUUUCAGAUGAACAAGAUGAAGGAGUUGAAUCUGAUGAUUUGAAAAAAGAUCUGCCUCUAAUGCCUCCACCUCCAGAUUCAUGUAGCAUGAAAUUGACCAUUAAGGAAAUUUGGUUUAGUUUUGCAGCUCCCACCAAUGUUAGAUCUGCAACGCAUGCAUUUUCUAGGCAGCUGAACCUUUUAAGUACAGCAACUCCAGCUGUUGGUGCCUGGCUUGUUCCCAUUGAUCAACUCAAGUCAUCCUUAAACAAGUUAGAAACUGAAGGAACCUUGAGAAUUUGUGCUGUUAUGGGAUGCAUAAUGACAGAAGCAUUAGAGAAUAAAAGUGUACAUUUUCCCCUAAGAAGUAAAUACAACAGACUUACAAAAGUUGCCCGCUUUCUCCAAGAAAAUCCUUCAUGUUUGCUGUGUAAUAUACUGCAUCACUACCUGCACCAGGCAAAUUACUCUGUCAUUGAUGAUGCUACAAUGAGUGAUGGACUUCCUGCUUUGGUAACAUUAAAGAAAGGUUUAGUUGCACUGGCAAGGCAGUGGAUGAAGUUCAUUGUGGUGACACCAGCCUUUAAAGGAGUUAGCUUACAUAGACCAGCUCAGCCCCUGAAACCUCAAGUAGCUAUGGACCAUGAACAUGAAGACAGACUGGGGCUGGACAAUGGGGGUGGUCUUCAAAGUGAUACCAGUGCUGAUGGAGCAGAAUUUGAAUUUGAUGCAGCCACUGUCAGUGAACAUACAAUGCUACUAGAAGGAACAGCUAACCGGCCUCCACCUGGUAGCUCUGGACCUGUAACUGGAGCUGAGAUAAUGAGGAAGCUUUCUAAAACACAUACCCAUAGUGACUCUGCAUUAAAAAUAAAGGGCAUUCACCCAUAUCAUUCUCUGAGCUAUACCAGUGGAGACACUGCCACAGAUUCUCCAGUGCACGUUGGACGUAGUGGGAUGCCAGUAAAGGAAAGUCCAAGGAAGGAGAGCCUACUCAGCUACCUGACUGGAAGCUUCCCAAGCUUGCACAACCUCCUGGAAGGGACUCCUCAGAGAAGUAGCGCAGCUGUGAAAAGUAGCUCUCUAACAAGAACAGGAAAUACAGUAGCCACUGAUAUGCUAUCUGAACAUCCCUUGCUAUCUGAGCCAUCAUCUGUGAGUUUCUAUAAUUGGAUGUCAAAUGCUGUGGGUAAUCGAGGAAGUGUGGUACAAGAAUCUCCUGUUACAAAAUCAGGACACAAUAGUCUUCCAACAGGUGUUGCACCCAAUCUUCCUACAAUACCGUCAGCCUCAGAUUUCAACACUGUCUUAUCUAGUGACCAGAAUACUUUGGAUGGGACACAUUCUCAGCAUAGCACUAGUCAGGAUGAUGUAGCAGGUGUAGAAGAAGCAAACCAAGGGUUUCCUGCUGUUCAGCUUGCUGAUGCACAGGUUGUCUUCAAACCUCUUCUGAGUCAUACAGGGAUCCAGUCACAGGAUACAGUGCCACUCUGCUACCGAAUGUACUUUGGAGAACACCUUUCAUUUUCAGGGACUUUGGACUGCCUCAGAGCAGAUAUUGUGGACUCAGACACAGCCAAAGAAAGAAAAGGCAAAAGAGCAAGAAGGCAAGGCCAUGUGAAUCUUCCUCCACUUGAGUUCAAACCAGCAUUAAUGUUGGAAACCUUUAGCAUCAGUGCUGUUGUAAUGGAAAAGUCAGUGUGCACCCCUCAGAACUCUACCAGUGCCCUUUCUUUUCAUGAUCUUAACAAGCGUUAUUACAAUACCUUUCACUGCAACUUUACAAUUUCCUGUCAGUCAAUAAGCCAACAUGUAGAUAUGGCUUUGGUUCGUCUUAUUCAUCAGUUUAGCACAAUGAUAGAUGACAUCAAAGCGACUCAGACUGACAUUAAACUUAGCAGAUAUACAGCUGGAUCUGCUUCCCCAACACCUACCUUCAAAACCAGAAAACAUCGGGAUUUUCGUUCAUCUGACUUCAGCCGCAGUUCUAGAGGAAGUCUUAAUGGUGGCAAUAGAGUAAAUAAUGCAAAGAACAAACGGACCAACAAUGAAAAUAACAAAAAGGAAUCUCGAAACAAAAAUUCAUUAGGAAGAUCUGAAAGAAGAACUUCAAAAGUGUCUAGGAAAGGUUCCAAAGAUGUGGUGGAUCACAUGACUAUUCAUAUGGAUGACUCGGAUUCAAUUACAGUAUCAGAACAAAGUGAGCCUUCAGCUGAGUGCUGGCAGAAUAUGUAUAAAUUGCUGAACUUCUAUUCACUUAUUUCUGAUCCAACAGGAAUAUUGGAAAAAUCUUCAGAAACAUUUGGACCAACAGGAGUUCGGAGCCCUACAGAGCCAACAUGUAAAGUCGUGUUUGAGAAUGAACAAGACAACAACAGUUUGACUAAGACACAGAGGAAACGUAGCUUGGUAACUGCUGAACCUCAGCAUGUUACUCUAAUAGUGUUUGGGAUUGGCAUGGUGAACCGUACUCACUUAGAGGCAGAUAUUGGUGGACUAACAAUGGAAUCAGAACUGAAGAGGAUCCAUGGCAGUUUUACUCUUAAGGAAAAAAUGAAAGAUGUUUUACAUCAAAAGAUGACUGAGACAUGUGCCACUGCUCAUAUUGGUGGGGUUAAUAUUGUGCUGCUUGAGGGGAUUACACCAAAUAUACAAACCGUAGUGAAAUGUAGUAUUGCCAAAUCCCAAGCCCUCUAUAGUGCCCAGAGAGGGUUGAAGACAAACAAUGCUGCUGUGUUCAAAGUAGGAGCUAUCAGCAUCAACAUUCCUCAGCACCCUGCCACCUUACACAGCAUGAUGGUUCGAAGUUCCCACCAACUGUCUAAACAAAUCUCAGACCUCAUCAGACAACCUUCUACAGCCCCUCAGCCUGUAAAAGAAGAUAUUGCAACGCCACUGCCUUCUGAAAAAACCCCAACAAGUGUUAAUCAAACUCCUGUUGAAACAAAUGAAUUUCCUCAGCUGCCAGAAGGCUUAGAAAAAAAGCCUAUUGUUCUUAAAUUCAGUGCCAUGUUAGAUGGUAUAGCCAUUGGAGCAGCACUUUUACCAUCUCUGAAAGCAGAAUACAAGAUGGGAAGAAUGAGAAGUCAUGGAAUGACAGGUGCACAGACAAGAUUUACAUUUGAGCUGCCAAAUCACAGACUACGUUUUACUUCAAAAGUUUCUGCCACAGAUAUGUCAACCAUUCCUCCUUCUGCCAGUCUUAACCUUCCUCCUGUUACUAUGUCAGGGAAAUAUAUAAUGGAAGAACAUGACAGUUAUUCAGAUCAAGUGUGGAGUAUAGACGAACUGCCGUCUAAACAAGGUUACUAUUUACAGGGAAAUUAUCUCCGUUGUGUGGCGGAAGUUGGUUCCUUUGAACAUAAUCUCACAACCGAUCUUCUAAACCACUUGGUAUUUGUACAGAAAGUGUUCAUGAAGGAAGUCAAUGAAGUAAUACAAAAAGUUUCUGGUGGGGAGCAGCCUAUUCCUCUCUGGAAUGAACAUGAUGGAACAGCAGAUGGAGAUAAGCCUAAAAUUCUCCUCUAUUCCCUAAACUUGCAGUUUAAGGGUAUUCAAGUAACGGCCACUACUCCAUCAAUGAGAGCUGUGAGAUUUGAAACUGGAUUGAUUGAACUGGAACUUUCUAACCGACUUCAAACCAAAGCUUCGCCAGGAAGUAGUAGCUAUCUGAAACUAUUUGGUAAAUGCCAAGUGGAUUUAAAUCUGGCUUUAGGGCAAAUUGUCAAACAUCAAGUUUAUGAGGAAGCUGGUUCUGAUUUUCAUCAAGUUGCCUAUUUUAAAACCAGAAUUGGAUUAAGAAAUGCCCUUCGGGAGGAAAUCAGUGGUUCUUCAGAUAGGGAAGCCGUGCUUAUUACUUUGAAUAGACCAAUUGUUUAUGCACAGCCUGUGGCCUUUGAUAGAGCUGUGCUGUUUUGGCUGAAUUAUAAGGCUGCCUAUGACAAUUGGAAUGAACAACGAAUGGCUUUACAUAAGGAUAUUCAUAUGGCUACAAAGGAAGUAGUAGAUAUGCUACCAGGUAUCCAGCAAACAUCAGCCCAGGCCUUUGGGACUCUUUUCCUCCAGCUCACUGUCAAUGAUCUGGGAAUUUGCCUACCUAUCACAAAUACUGCACAGUCUAAUCACACUGGAGACCUUGACACUGGUUCUGCUUUAGUAUUGACCAUUGAAAGUACUCUCAUCACUGCUUGCUCUUCAGAGUCUCUGGUUAGCAAAGGGCAUUUCAAAAAUUUUUGUAUCCGGUUUGCUGAUGGCUUUGAGACAUCGUGGGAUGACUGGAAACCAGAAAUUCGUGGAGAUUUAGUGAUGAAUGCCUGUGUAGUUCCAGAUGGCACCUAUGAAGUAUGUUCACGGACUACAGGGCAAGCAGCAGCUGAAAGUAGUAGUGCUGGAACCUGGACACUCAAUGUAUUGUGGAAAAUGUGUGGGAUUGACGUCCACAUGGAUCCUAACAUUGGCAAAAGGCUAAAUGCUCUGGGCAAUACCCUUACAACACUAACAGGAGAGGAGGACAUAGAUGACAUUGCUGACUUAAAUUCAGUGAACAUAGCUGACCUGUCAGAUGAGGAUGAAGUUGAUACUAUGUCUCCCACUAUCCAUACUAAUUCAGAUGGAAAUUCAGUAAGUGGAGAUGGCCACAAGCUCACCUUUGGGCAGCGACUUGUAAAUCACCUACUAGGCCUGACGCCCCCAAAUCAGCGCUAUUCUGUUCCUGCAGAGUAUCUGUGUGACUCAGAGAUGUGGGGCUCCCCUCAGUCUAGCCAGUCCCAUUUGAAAGCAUGCAGAGCACACUCAUGGGGACACGAAGCUGUAGAUUAUCGAAGACAAGGAGCAUCUUCUAGCCAGCCAGGAGAACUUAGAGGAAGAAAAAUUAUGAAACGCAUAGUGGAUAUCAGAGAACUGAAUGAACAGGCCAAAGUAAUAGAUGAUCUUAAAAAAUUAGGUGCAAGUGAAGGAACCAUAAACCAGGAAAUUCAACGUUACCAACAGUUAGAAUCUGUGGCUGUGAAUGACAUUCGUAGAGAUGUUCGUAAAAAAUUACGGAGAUCCAGUAUGCGAGCUGCUUCACUAAAGGAUAAGUGGGGUUUGGGUUACAAACCAAGUUAUAGCCGAUCAAAAACCAUUUCUGCUUCUGGAAGACCACCUCUUAAACGAAUGGAAAGAGCAAGUUCUCGAGUAGGAGAAACUGAAGAGCUCCCAGAAAUCCGUGUGGAUGCAGCAUCUCCUGGACCCAGAGUAACUUUUAAUAUCCAGGACACAUUGAAAAAUACAGUAUGGGGAAGUACACCACAAUCCAGCUGUCCUGGGGAAGGGUAUUUUCAGUUUCCGGAGGAGACAGAACUGGACCUUUUGUCAGUAACCAUUGAAGGUCCAUCCCAUUACUCAUCAAAUAGUGAAGGAUCAUGUUCCGUGUUCAGUUCUCCCAAAACUCCAGGAGGCUUUUCACCAGGCAUUCCUUUCCAACCUGAAGAGGGCAGACGGGAUGACAGUUUGUCUUCUUCAAGUGAAGAUUCUGAGAAGGAUGAAAAGGAUGAAGACCAUGAGAGGGAAAGGUUUUAUAUUUACAGGAAACCCUCACAUAACUCUCGUAAAAAAGCAACAGGUUUUGCUGCUGUUCAUCAGCUAUUUACAGAACGCUGGCCAACAACACCAGUCAACCGAAGUCUGACUGGCACAGCUACAGAGAGAAAUAUUGACUUUGAACUUGAUAUACGGGUUGAAAUUGAUAGUGGAAAAUGUGUACUCCACCCAACCACCCUUCUACAGGAACAUGAUGAUAUAAGUUUGAGAAGGAGUUAUGAUCGGAGUUCCAGGAGCUUAGACCAAGAUUCUCCUUCAAAAAAGAAGAAGUUCCAAACAAAUUAUGCUUCUACCACACAUUUAAUGACUGGCAAAAAAGUGCCAUCAUCUCUACAGACAAAGCCUAGUGACUUAGAAACAACAGUAUUUUAUAUUCCUGGAGUUGAUGUAAAGUUGCAUUACAAUUCCAAGACACUAAAGACGGAAUCACCUAAUGCCUCCAGGGGAUCUUCCUUGCCAAGAACACUCUCCAAAGAGUCCAAGCUGUAUGGUAUGAAAGAUAGUGCAACAUCUCCUCCUUCUCCUCCUUUACCUUGCACUGUCCAGAGCAAGACUAACACCUUACUUCCUCCCCAGCCCCCACCUAUUCCCUCAGCCAAAGGAAAAGGAAGUGGAGGAGUAAAAACAGCCAAGUUAUAUGCCUGGGUAGCACUUCAGUCAUUGCCAGAAGAAAUGGUUAUUAGUCCCUGCCUAUUAGACUUUCUGGAAAAGGCUCUGGAAACUAUCCCAAUUACACCAAUUGAAAGGAAUUAUACAGGUGUCAGCUCACAAGAUGAAGAUAUGGGACAUUUUGAAAUACCGGAUCCAAUGGAAGAAUCAACAACAUCACUAGUAUCAUCUUCAACAUCUGCUUACUCUUCCUUCCCUGUAGAUGUUGUGGUUUAUGUACGAGUUCAGCCCUCACAGAUCAAGUUUAGCUGUUUACCAGUAUCAAGAGUAGAAUGCAUGCUAAAGCUGCCAUCCCUGGACUUGGUGUUUUCUUCAAACCGAGGAGAACUGGAGACUUUAGGGAGUACAUAUCCUGCAGAGACUUCAUCCCCUGGAGGUAAUGCUACUCAGAGUGGAACAAAGACAUCUGCUAGCAAAACCGGAAUACCAGGUUCGUCAGGAUUAGGCAGCCCCCUUGGCAGAAGUCGACAUAGUAGUAGUCAGUCAGAUCUGACUGGUUCCAGCAGUAGUUCCUCUGGCUUGAGCUUCACUGCAUGCAUGUCUGACUUUUCCCUUUAUGUAUUUCAUCCGUAUGGAGCAGGAAAACAAAAAACCGCUGUUUCUGGCCUUACAUCUGGAUCAGGAGGAUUAGGGAAUGUGGAUGAGGAACCCACUUCAGUCACCGGUCGAAAAGAUUCACUCAGCAUAAACCUUGAAUUUGUAAAAGUGAGUCUGUCUCGGAUAAGGCGUUCAGGAGGUGCCUCAUUUUUUGAAAGUCCAUCUGUAAGCAAGACUGCAAGCAAAAUGGAUACUACAUUAAUAAAUAUAUCUGCUGUCUGUGAUAUAGGGUCUGCCUCCUUUAAAUAUGAUAUGCGUCGACUCAGUGAAAUUCUGGCAUUUCCAAGAGCGUGGUAUAGGAGAAGUAUUGCAAGACGUCUGUUCCUUGGAGACCAAACUAUAAAUUUGCCAACAUCUGGUCCAGGGACACCUGAUUCCAUUGAAGGGGUAAGCCAGCAUCUUUCCCCUGAAUCGUCAAGAAAAGCUUACUGCAAGACCUGGGAGCAGCCAAGUCAGUCAGCCUCCUUCACUCACAUGCCUCAGUCACCUAAUGUGUUCAAUGAGCAUAUGACAAACAGCACCAUGUCACCAGGGACAGCAGCACAGAGCCUAAAAUCUCCAGCUUCCAUAAGAUCGAGAAGUGUAUCUGAUUCGUCAGUUCCUCGAAGAGAUUCACUUUCAAAAACAUCAACUCCUUUUAACAAAUCAAACAAAGCAGCAAGCCAACAAGGGACCCCAUGGGAAACACUUGUCGUUUUUGCUAUCAACUUGAAGCAAUUAAACGUUCAAAUGAAUAUGAGUAAUGUAAUGGGCAAUACAACUUGGACAACUAGUGGUUUGAAGAGCCAGGGCCGUCUCUCAGUAGGAAGUAACCGUGAUCGAGAGAUUAGCAUGUCUGUUGGUCUGGGAAGAUCACAAUUAGAUUCAAAAGGAGGAGUAGUUGGAGGGACCAUAGAUGUCAAUGCUUUGGAGAUGGUUGCUCACAUUUCUGAACAUCCAAAUCAGCAACCCAAUCACAAAAUUCAGAUUACUAUGGGUUCUACUGAAGCUCGUGUUGAUUACAUGGGCUCAAGUAUCCUUAUGGGUAUCUUCAGUAAUGCUGAUCUUAAGCUUCAGGAUGAAUGGAAAGUAAACCUGUAUAAUACAUUGGAUUCAAGCAUAACUGAUAAAAGUGAGAUUUUUGUCCAUGGAGAUUUGAAGUGGGAUAUUUUCCAAGUCAUGAUAUCAAGAUCAACCACGCCAGACCUGAUAAAAAUAGGAAUGAAGCUCCAGGAAUUUUUCACACAGCAGUUUGACACCAGCAAACGAGCUCUGUCUACCUGGGGACCAGUUCCAUAUCUUCCACCAAAGACAGUGACUAACAACCUAGAGAAAAGUUCACAAGAACAAUUGCUUGAUGCAGCUCAUCAUCGACAUUGGCCUGGAGUAUUGAAGGUGGUAUCAGGAUGCCACAUAUCCUUAUUUCAGAUUCCAUUACCAGAAGAUGGAAUGCAAUUUGGAGGAUCAAUGAGCUUACAUGGAAAUCAUAUGACACUGGCAUGUUUUCAUGGUCCAAAUUUCCGUUCAAAAUCCUGGGCCCUUUUUCAUUUAGAAGAACCAAAUAUUGCUUUUUGGACUGAAGCUCAGAAAAUCUGGGAAGAUGGCUCUAGUGAUCAUUCUACAUACAUUGUGCAAACACUAGAUUUUCAUCUGGGUCAUAACACCAUGGUUACCAAACCAUGUGGUGCUUUGGAAAGUCCUAUGGCGACAAUAACCAAGAUAACAAGGCGCCGCCAUGAAAAUCCACCCCAUGGAGUAGCAAGUGUGAAAGAAUGGUUCAAUUAUGUUACGGCCACAAGGAAUGAAGAGCUAAACCUACUUCGUAAUGUUGAUGCUAAUAACACAGAGAAUAGCACUACUGUGAAGAAUGCUAGUUUACUGAGUGGAUUCAGAGGAGGUUCUAGCUACAAUCAUGAAACAGAGACUAUCUUUGCAUUACCAAGGAUGCAGCUUGACUUUAAAUCCAUUCAUGUUCAAGAACCACAGGAACCUUCAUUACAGGAUGCCAACUUGAAGCCAAAAGUAGAAUGUAGUGUGGUGACAGAGUUCACUGACCACAUUUGUGUGACUAUGGAUGCUGAGCUCAUCAUGUUUCUUCAUGAUUUAGUGUCAGCUUAUCUUAAAGAAAAAGAAAAAGCCAUUUUUCCACCUCGGAUUUUAUCUACUCGACCAGGACAGAAAAGUCCAAUUAUUAUACAUGAUGACAAUUCCUCUGACAAAGACAGAGAAGAUAGCAUCACUUAUACUACUGUGGACUGGAGAGAUUUUAUGUGCAAUACAUGGCAUCUAGAACCCACUCUUAGAUUAAUUUCUUGGACUGGAAGAAAGAUUGAUCCAGUAGGCGUUGAUUAUAUUCUUCAAAAAUUGGGCUUUCAUCAUGCCAGGACUACUAUUCCUAAAUGGCUUCAGAGAGGAGUCAUGGACCCACUGGACAAGGUUCUGUCAGUUCUUAUCAAAAAGCUCGGUACUGCACUACAGGAUGAAAAGGAAAAAAAAGGAAAAGACAAAGAAGAACACUAAAAGAGUAACUUGAUCUGUGAACAAAUUAUGAUUGUGUCCGUUAAGUUUUAUUACACUGGAGGGUUUUCUUAGUAUAAUAAUUUUAAAUAUAACUUUAAAAUAAUUCUAAUUUUGUGGCCAUUGUAAGUUUUUAAGUUAACCUGUUUAUUCUCAUUCCACCAUCCUAUAUCCUAUGUACAGUGAAGUACUGCAUGAUAAUGUAAAUUUUGUGAAAAACUAGAUUAAAAUAUAUAAAUCUGCUCUUUAGGGUUUAUAAUUAAUUGUAUUAUGUGCAAUAUGAUUCCUGCAUCUUUAAAGUAUUUGCAGAGUAACUGUGAAUUUUUUUGUUAUUGGCCAUAACUUUUAGAAAAAAAUCUUGUUGAUAAUGUGAUUUUUGGAGGGUCAUUAAUUGCUUUUUUUUAAUGUAGACUUGUAUAAAUACCUAUUUGUAUAUAAUUUGAGUAAUUGUGAUAUGAUUGUAUACCACUAAAAUAUUGUUUGUAACUAUUGUAAUAAAGUCACAAUAAUGGUUUCA